UCAAUGUCAGUUAAAUUUAGACAAACGAUCUAAACGGUUUAAGUGAGAAAAAACACAACCCUAAACUAAAUCAAAAUGAAAUUCUUAAUCUUGGCUCUCAUUGUUUGCGUAGCUAUCAUCGCUAUUGUCAGUGCGGUUCCCAUUGAAGAAGCCAUUCCCCAGGGCAUUGAAGGUGCUGCCUCCGAAACUGUCAACCCCUCCGACGAUCAAUCAUUCUUGCUGAAAUUGAAAUUGUUAAAGAAACUCUUGUUCCUCGGUUAAAUAAUUCACCAUCUAGUUAAUCAAUUUAUAGUUCUGUUGUUUUUUUUAAUAUAAAACAAACAAAACUACUAAUUAUGUUCAAUAGUUUUAAGUUAAUGCAAAGUUCUUUUAUAAUACUAAUUUUAGUUAAAUAAAUAUAUAAAAAUAUUAAAAAAAAAAACAA